GUCUGUGCUCGUCGUCUGCUCAGCCAUGGACCUGGCCGUGUCUCAGCGCCACCGCCACAACCCCGUGGACAGCAUCUGCCGCAAGCUGAAGACCAUCCAGCGCCGCAACCAAGAGGCUGACACCUCGCCCUUCCACAUCCCGCGCUUCCAGUCCAGCAGCUACAACAGCCCCCAGCCCGGGCUCCGCUGCAACCUGGAGUCCAUCCUGAAGAAGCGCGCCGUGCGCUCGGACCACCCGGACACCCCUGCUGUCGGCGGCGCCUCCGCCUCCAAGACUGUCGGGUCGUCCACUGCCACCACCCCCUCCUCCUCCUCGUCCAUCGCUGCCUCGGCCGCCGCCUUGGGUAUGUUGACCCCAAAGGGGUCCCCAGCGAGGCCGCAGGGUCGGCGGCUGACCCUUGGCGCGAGCGGAGCGUCGCCGCUGGUCACCCCAUGCCCCGUCAAUGCCACCUACUCCAUCACAAGCACGGUGACGGACCGACGGACCUCUUUUGGACUCGGGCAGAGGCAAGGCUGGCAGCGUACCUGCUCCACGCCCGCGGCCGCCCAGUCCGAGACAGACGGGUACUUCACGUUCGGGCGUAGCGCCCCCUACGGGCAACCCGAGGCAGGGGAGACGCCCGCUGCCAACCCCUUGGAGAUGGACGGAGAGAAGGAGAGGAGACGCAGCCCGACACACAGCCUGCUGUCCUGCUACAACCUGAACUUCUGCACGUCAGACGCCUCCACGCUGCUGGACGGGGAUGUGGGCUACCCAGCCCUGGUGGUGAAGAGGCUUUCCCUGGGGGACGGUUUGCUGUCCUCAGAGGCCAGGAAGGAGAACAUGACCGAGGUCAGCCUCAUCUGUGAGGAGGACCUGCUGGACACCAUAUUCCACGCCUGUGACACUCAGCGCAGAGGUAAGGUGUACGUGUCCCGGAUUGUGGACUACCUGCGCCACACCACCAGCCGGAGCUCGGAGGACAGCGGCCUGGAGGAGCUGUGCAACAUGCUGGACCCAGACAACAACGACAUCUCCAUAGACCUCGACACCUACCACGCCGUCAUGAAGGAGUGGAUCGAGGACUGCCGCAACCAGGGAGAUGACACGGCAGAGAACGUGACCCAGGAGUCGGUGAAAGUACCAGACUGUUUAGCAGCGAAGAGAUCAGCUCUGCUCAACAUGACCUCAGGCAGCCUUGAAGCGUUUGGUGGAGAGACGACCAAAAGUGACCUGGAGACCUCCGACUUGAUCUACUGUGUGGCGGACCUCCAGUUCACCAAUCAGAAGCUGCAGGACGAGAUCCGGAAGCUCAAACAAGCCAUGGAGUCCAUGGAGGACACCAACCAGAAGCUCAUCGAGGAGAAUGAGGACCUCAAGACUCAAGCCAAAGUGGGGCAGCAGCUGCUGCAGAAGGAAAAGAUGCUGAAGGAGGAGGUGGAGGAGAUGAAGAUGACUCUGAGCACAUCUGAGGAGAGUCGUGCACGAGCUUCCGCUCGGAGCAAACAGAUGGAGCGAGAGAACCAGGGUCUCAUUUCGAAGAUCUCUGCUCUUCAGGAAGAGAACAUCAAAGUCACCGUGGAGAUGGAUGACCUUCAGAAGAAGAUGGGAGAACUGUGUGAUCUCAAUACCGACCUUCAGGUUCAGAUCCAUUCACUUGAUGCUGUUCUGAGGGACAAAGACUCUGUUAUAUGUCAGAAAAACAGACAUUUAGAGGAUCUGAAGGCAGUUAUAGUGGAGUACUCUUCUGUUACGGAGAUUUUGAGGGCUGACAAAACAAAGCUGGAGAAUCAGAUGCAGAUGAUGCAGCCAGAUAUAACCUCUGCGGGUCUGUCUCUGUCGGUGGCGUACCGGCUCAACCAGACCAACCAUCUGGGCUCCCUGCAGACUGAACUAGCCCUGGCACAGAACCCUCUGGAGGGUGUGGAGCGUUUCUCCACCUCCAUGUGUAUGGCGUCUCCGCUGGACGAGACUCUGGACAGAGAGGUGCUGUUGCUCAUGCAGGGCCCCACGCCGGAGCAGCAGUCCCUGGAGUUCAGGAGCCUCAUCCGCAGACUGAGGAAAGAGUUCCAGGAAGACCGUUACACUGUUCUAUCAGCAUUGAGGAACCAUUCAGCUGCUCAUGAAGGACAGGAUAUUUCCUCCAAUCAGAAACUUCAGGUUGAGUGGGAGCGGCGUCGGCAGGACUGGGCCCAGGUUCUAGAGCAGCUGCAGCAGUACACCGACUCCCUGGAGAAGGAGCUGCUCAAGAUGGCCAGCAACAUGCGCCGCUCACGCACCGAGAUCCUGCACCUGUCCGUCAGGGUUCAGGAACAGGAGAAUCAGAAGCAGCAGCUAAAGGAUGACCUGGACCAGCUGAAAACCCCGCAGGACAGCAGAGAGGCCAGCUGCCAAACGCCUGAUGUACCACAGGGUGAAGAGGACCAGGAUGCUCCAUCGUUGGAGUGGGAAGAAGAAUACGUGAUUCCAGAGUCGCCGUUGCCACCGCCAUCGGCGAUCGCCCAGAACGGCGCCCCGCUCAGCGGAAGCAACGAGUCGUCGGAACCGCAGGACGCCGGAGGAGACGCGAAGCGGCCCGAGGAGGUGAGGUCAGGAGGAGGCGGCGAGGAAGAGGAGGAGGAGGAGGAGAAACAGAACGACAGCGAGCGGGGAGAGGAAGGGCAGCUGGACUCGGGCGUAGAGGAAGAAGAGACGCCGCAGGGCGAACUUGCCCGCUCACGGAGCGACAUUCCGGAAGCCUCCGAGGACAGUCCCCACGCCGAAACCACAGAAUCCCCACAGCCACAGACGGAAGUUGUAACAGAAUCCAGUGGACAACAGGAAGGAGCCAACUUCCCAGAAUGCACUGCGCCUGAGGACGCCCACAAGCAGACUGCGUGUGCUGAGCAACGAGAUCCUGCUCCUCUUCCUCCCACACACACUUCAGCAGCUGACCCUGUGCCCUCUGAAACCAGCCAGGCCAACCCAGUGCUGGAGUCCCUCCCUUCAGAAGAAGCUUCCCCUGGACAAGAGGAGAUGGUCUCUCCCAGCAACACACCUGCCGAGCUGGGUGAAACCAUUUCUCCAUCUCCCAGGUGUGAGGAGGCCGCGUCGGGCGAGAGCAGCACAGCAGAGGAGGGGGCCAGUACCAUGAGCCUCAACGACUCUCAGAAGCUGCCUCCUGACUCCACUAGCGCACUGGAGAGUCACAGGACCAGCCUGCUCCCUGUAGCAGAGGAGGAGGAGACUGCCGUAGAUUCUGCCACAGAAACUGUCGCCAUGGCAGACACUAAGACGGAAUCCUCAGACGUCACCACGGCAACCAGCGGUGUAAACGACACCCCUGCUGACUCCUCCGACAAGGCUAAGGAUGAUGACUCCCAGGUCACCGGCGACCCCGCCGCUCCAGACGGUAGCAAACCGGAUGCGACCGCAGGGCAGUCUCCUCCAGGGGGCGACAAAGACUCCAAGCAGAAGACGGUCCCGGAGAAGGAGCAGACUACAGAGGCCCCUGAGGGACAAAAAGUGCAGGAGGACAGUGAGGUGUCUGCUGUAACGGAGAAGGAAGGUGAGACCUCAGUUGUGUCUGAAGAUGCCAGUGACCGUGAGGACAGGAGAAACAGCUGGAGCCUGUCUGCCAGUGAAAAGGAAAUUGAGGCUGAGUUCCACCGCCUGUCUCUGGGCUUCAAGUGCGACAUGUUCACGCUGGACAAGAGGCUGCGGCUGGAGGAGCGCUCCCGCGACCUCGCCGAGGACAACGUGCGGCGCGAGGUGUCCAGCUGCCAGGGACUGCUGCAGGCCCUGAUCCCUCUCUGUGAGGAUGACGGCCAGUCCAUGGAGAUCAUCCAUCGGCUGCAGAAGAACCUGGAGAUCCUCAUCCAGUCCAUGGUCAGGGUCUCCAGCCGCUCAGAGAUGCUGGGCGCCAUCCACCAGGAGAGCCGUAUCGGUAAGGCCGUGGAGGUGAUGAUUCAGCACGUGGAGAACCUGCGGCGCACCUACACCAAGGAGCACGCCGAGCUGCUGGAGCUCCGGGAGUCCGUCUCGCACAACGAGCGCUCCUUUGGCUCCCACUCCCACUCCGACAGAGCUGAUGACUUCAGGAAUAAGAAGCAGUCUGGUUCACAGUACUACAAGCCCUCUUCGCGGCGGGUCAGCAUCGCAGUGAUCCCACGCAGCGGAGAGCUGUCCAAAUCCCCAGAGUUUGGAGACGUGGAAACUGACAGACUAUCCAGGAGACCCCCCUGGAAAGGAGGCAGCGGUCAGCGCCCGCCGCUGAAACGUUUCGUUAGUUCUGGGGCAUGGCCCGACAGCGAAGGUUCUAGAAACUGUCUGGACGACUACCCGCACGUGAAUCGCCCUGAUUGGAGGUGGCGCAGAUGGGGUGGUGUCUGUGGCAGGUCCGGGGUCGGUGACGUGUGGCUGUUUGUGACUGACAGGUUUGGCUCCGACACAGACUCGCACUCCGAGGAGGAGCGGCGGGAGGAGCCGGUGGUGGUGGAGAGGAGGAAGUCCAGCCUCACGGAGCUGGGCCAGAAGCUCACCUCCCUCCUUAUGCCCCUCAAGAUGUUUAAUGGUGCAGAGCGUCCGCAGUCAUCUUGUGUCCAAAGCCAGACUCCCAGCCCCACCCCUCCCAAGGAGCAACCAGGGUCCACACCGUCCACGGACGAGCCCCUCAACUCCGCCGCGGCCACCACCACCACCAACACCAGCAGCAGCAGCACCACCACAACCACCUCGUCCUACUUCUCUCUCCCCAGCCUCUCGGCGUGGCGCCCGGGCCUGCCCCGCAGCCUGUGGGUGUGGGCGGCCGUGCUGCUGGUGCUGGCCGGCCUCCUGGCCAUCCUGGCCAGCCUGGUGCUGCAGCCGGCGGCGGACGCGGCCCCGGUGGGCACCGGGGACUCCUGGAUGACCAUCCAGCAGCUGCUGUGGCCCUACACCAGCCUGCGGCACAACGGACAGCCCCCCGUCUGACCGUUCCGGAAGGAGAGCGGACGUCACGGGACAGUCGGGGACAAGGCACCAAAAGGGGGGUGGGGGGACCAGACAGUGACCCCUCCCUACCCUUCACCACCACCACCACCACCACCACCACCAUCACCAUCAUCACCCUACAACCCUCCACCCCCUUGCACUGCACACUACCUGUGCUGCAAUCACUUGUUUGUGUUUGUUUUAACUACUUUUCUAGUUUACCUGCGUGUGUGUGUGUGUGUGUGUGUGUGUGUGUGUGGAGCAGCAGUAUUGUAAUCUGCAGCACCGGACUCUGCUGUCCUUAAUGCCGAUCUGCUCUCGUUUGCUCUGGUCUGGUCAGCUCAGCUCAGACCUGAUGGCUGCACUCCUCUCACACCAGGCAGGAAGUGCUGCCACGGAAACUGACACGCAAUAUGGACACAUGACUCUGCGGGCUCUCCCCGUUGCCAUAUCAACUUGAGCACACAAUUGGCAUCCCUGUUGCACAUGCGGCUGGGUGCGUUUAAACGAUCGUGAUACACUAAAUUCACGUCCCAUACACUGCCCAAUUGAAUCAUGGAUUUUUUUUUUGUUUUUAUUUUUUUUGUUUUUGUUUUUCCUUUUGGAAUAGGAGCUUUUGGCUGCCUGGUUUUGAAAUGCUCACUUUAUUUUUAUUUUUUUUUUCAUCAUAGAUUUAUUUCUAAAUCCAAGAUGGCACUUGGGCUUGACAAAGAAUCUGCCUUUUAAGCACAUUUUUUCCCCCACCACUUAUUUCUAAAUCAGUGACUUACAGUUUUUAAUAGCAGCUACUUGAAGUCAUGGAAUCAUGAACUGGUUAUUUCUUUAAGCUGCCAAUUCCAAGGGGAACAUAAUUUAUUCUUUUAGUUCUGUGUUUAGAUGAAGAGUGAAGGAGAUUUAAAAACCUCACUCUUUUUUUUCCUCUUUAUUAUAUCGAUUGUUUUGUUACUGUUUGUUACAAGCACACAAUGGUUUUUAUUUGUCUCAUGUUCUUGCCGUGUUCAUCACUGUUUUGACUUCAUACACUUUUGUAUGUCCAAAGAGGGGGAGACAAAGGCUUUGCACAAUAAAGUAACUCAUUGUACUGAGGAGAAUUAUUCAGUGUCAAGUAUCUGUUUUGGCAGAGUUUGAGUUUGAGUUCCUCAAAGAC